GAAGGGAAGGGAAGGGGAGGGAGGGAGGAGGAAAGAAAUCAAUGGGAAGAGCGACGGAGACGUGAUGGUGACGCUGACCCUGACCCGUCGCAGCGCAAACAAACAAAUCCUGCUCAUCUUUCCUUCUUCGGGUGGCGUGGCGUGGCGAUGCGAUCGAUCGCCGUCGAUGAAGCGACCGGCCCACGGAUCGGUUCUUCGCCCUGAUCCUGCUCAUUUUUCUACGGCAGAUUCGACCUCCCUCUGAUCCGAUCUCCCCCAUCCUCUUCCCCUGAUUCGUGGACCAGAUGCGGAAGGACCGAGUUCCGGCGGCGGCUGGCGCUGCGGAGCCGCGCUUCCGCGGAGUGCGGAAGCGGCCGUGGGGGCGGUUCGCCGCUGAGAUCCGGGACCCCUGGAAGAAGGCCAGGGUGUGGCUCGGCACCUUCGACUCGGCCGAGGCUGCCGCCCUGGCCUACGACGCCGCCGCUCGCGCUCUCCGUGGUCCCGCGGCCAAGACCAACUUCCCCCUCGCGUCCUCAUCCUCCCCCGCGCUUCCUCCCUCGACCUCCCCUACCUUGCGCCGCCCGCAAUUCCCAUUCGGGCAAGGCCGCCAUGUUCCGGCAUCGAGCGGUCACAGCAGCACCGUGGAGUCGUUCAGCGGACCUCGUCUCCCUGCUCCCGCGCCAAUCCAUCGGCCGAUGUCGCAACUCGGGAGGCGGGCCAAGCCGCCUCCCCAGCGCGUCCUUGAUGGCGACGACGACUGCCACAGUGACUGCGGGUCGUCGUCCUCGGUUGUCGACGACGAGCGUGGCACCACAUCAGCGCGCAUGAACACACUACCAUUUGAUCUGAACCUGCUGCCCCCACCCGACGAUGACUUCCAAGCCACAAUGCUCUGCCUCUGAUUCACCUGUCUCACAUCAGUGCUGAGACAACAUUGCCAAAAGACUCAUGUCAAUCUUCUCACCUUUGGCCUGAAAGUUCCAUUGACACUUAACAAUACAUCAAAACAAUGAGGAAGGGGCAUAGAACAGUUUCUUGGAUUUCGAUCAUUUGUCUGCAACGAAGACACAAACCCCAUCAGAGUUAAAAUCAUGAGACGAAGGCAAACAAACCCAGGUACUCCUAUGGUUUGAUCCAUCCAUGUAAUUGCUAAAGUGUAGAAAUAGAGAGAUUAACUUCGAGGAUCAAAUUCCUCAGUAUGGUUUGAGUUUUCCAACUUUUUUCAAGCUGUCAACUAGAACCUGGUUCGUAUUGUUUCGAAUAGCUGACCCAAUUCAACCAAUUGAUUCGAGGUGUCCAAA